GCCAAGGGGACGGUUGGUGUCAAAAUACUGGAAGAAUUCUCAUUUUUCUUCGACGAGGGUUUGUAAGACUGAGUUUCAACAUCAAAUUCAGAGGGAAAAACCGGUGACAAAAAUUAGUCUACGGAACGUGUGAAUGAAAGUACAGUCUCGUACAGUUACAUCCAUCUAUUCUAGUGAACGUCAUCAACAAAACACAAUCACAACAAAAUCGAUACCAACCAUUCUUGUCAGUAUUUGGUCAUUAGGCCACCAAUAAGCAUAGACAGUUCGAAGUCGAAGAAAAACAAAUCAAGGAACACAAAAAGCGACCUUGCUUCAGAAAAAACGCAACWGUACAGGAUUUUUGAGCGAUUAGGCAACCGACUGAACCAAAGAACAAAUGUCGAUGGAUCGGCUGACACCCGCAUUUAUGCCAAGCCUUAAAAGGCAGCGGAGCAGGCGGAGCUCCUUCGUUCAUGGAAUCCGAAGUCAGUUUGAUCUCAACCUACGCAUUCACGACAAGCGAGGCGGUGAUGAAAAGAUAACAGCACCGAGAGGCUGGAAGAAAAUGCAGGCGAGAUUCAGGCGACGAAGCAGAAAACAAGCAAAACCGAACGGGAUUGGUGUCCCCACUAGUGAUAGGACGGACACAAGAGUGCCAAAAGAGCACACGCAGGUGCCGUUKCCCGAUCUUCCGCACACUACACUAGUGGAGAUUCUGUCAUUUUGCGACUACUCGACCCUGUUGGCGGUCCGCGGCGUUUCGCGUGUCUUUCGAGUUGAAGACGUGCCGAAAGAACUCCAUCGACGCGUUCUGAACCAAUGGACAUCCACAGCGCCACGGCAUCUGCGACCGAAGGUUCAAAUGAAACAGCAACAAAUGCGACACCACUGUUCACGUGGUGAGGAAGAGGAUCGUGUUUGCGAACACGGCAACAAUAAUUACACGGAAGGCGAAUGUGACUACUCGGGGCAGCAAGUAGAACGACGACGACAACAACAACACAUGCAGACAKAAUUCAUUCCAGAAAACACCCCCACAGUGAGACAGCAACCCGCAAGUGGAACUGCUGGGGAUCCACACCGAGGUCUACCCAACAACGACAACGACAACAACAUCAAAAACGAAUAUGAUGACGACGGCAAAACGCAUCGGCUUCGUCGCCCCCGCCUUUGUAGGGAAGCGCGACCGAAGGUUCGGUAUAGCUACCAAAAGAAAGUAGUCAACCUGGAUCAUCGAAAAGUCUGGAUCUUCUUGAGAGAUAACCCCAGCGACACUGCGCGCAACAAUCUACACCCACCACAAAAUAAUUGUGAUAGACAACGACCAAAGCAGCAGAAACACUGGAGCAUGCAGGUCGUUGUUUCCGAAGUAUUGAAACUGAUCCGAGAGAUCGAAUUUUACAACGGUGCUGUUUUUGGUUACGACGAGGCCAAAGCCGAGGCUUUGUUGCUCCGAAAUGGAUUUAUCGACGAACGAGACUUUCAUCGACCACCCGCCAUCACGUCGAACCCGUCUCCGGUGUACGGAAAAUGGAGGGCGGAAGCGAGUCUCCGAACCCUGUCCACCGCGGAAGCCUGUCGGGUGAUUCUUUCCGGUCGCGGAAAGGGAAUGAGCCUCCGUCACCACGGCAGCCGAACCACCCCCAAGCCAGUUGCACUCCGAUACCACCACGGGCACAACAGCGCUGCCGGACAGGGCAGCGAGCGAUGCCUGUCCCACCUCCUGCUGGCCGGCGACGGCUGCAUCAGCCUCGCAGAAUAUUCCACCGUUUUUGACGAAACGAAGAUGUCGUGCAAGAUUUUCUUCCUCCGGACCGUACGCGGGAUCGAAGCAGAAAUCCGCGUCCUCUCGGCCGAGGUUCCUCCGGGAUGCUGACCGAUGGAAGGAACCGUUUCUGUCGUGGGUAGGAAAGCAGCUAACUAUAGUACUUAGUAACAAAAAACAACUCGAUUGCCCUACGAUUAGGACUGUUGUAUGAAUGAUCAAAAAAGUAUAUGACAAUGA